CACACUGGUUCACCUGGACCAGCUGGACCUGGGUCAGACCCGGUCCGUGUUCUGUAAAUCUGGUUUGGUGAAGUCAGAAAUCGAUCAGGUUUUAUUUUUCUGGAUCAGAUCAGAAAAAUCUGGACCUGUGUUUCAUGUAGUUCUUGUGAAUUCUUGAUCUGGAUUGGACGUAGUUUCCUGCACGUCUGGAUCUGGUUUUUGUGAAGUUUAAGCCUGGAUUUGAUCUGGUCCUGUUUCUUAAACCUGGACCUGGAUUUGAGCUGGUACGUCUCACUGGGUUAGAUCCUGGCAGUGAAGGGAGUUUUUCUUUUUGAGGGACAGAGACUGGACUUGCAUUCGGCUUGGAUCUGACAACGUGUCAGACCUUGCUCCUGGUCCUGGUCCAGCCCCGCAGGACAUCAGAUGGACAAGCGGAGCUGCAGAAUCUGAAGCAACACCCUGAUCCGUGGUCAUGCACACGAUCCACCGACUGUGUCGAGUCUGCAUCGGACAGAACCUGCCUCAGGUGAGCAUUGUUCGAGGAAACGAUGGUUUUGGAUUCACGAUCUGCUCCGACUGUCCAGUCAGAGUCCAGGCCGUCGACCCCGGAGGUCCGGCUCAUCAGUCUGGACUCUGUCAGGGUGACUCGGUCCUGCAGCUGAAUGGACUUCCUGUAGAAACCUGGAAGUGUGUUGACCUGGCCCAUGCCAUCAGGAGUUGUCCAUCUCAGAUCGUGUUGGUGGUGUGGAGAGGUUCACCUGAGCUCAGGUCAGGAUGUGAAGCUUUGCUCCGCCCACCAACACACAACACGACAACAGGAAGGAAGUUGCUGCCUCACCCCGUCCAUAGUAAACAUGGCCGCAGACGGGGUCAGGGGUCGGGGAUCAGAUCUAGUUUUGGUGCACUGGGUUCUCUCUGGAGGGACCGGAAGGAGGACCGGGAGGACGAGGAGGUGGAAGAGGAAGACCAGGAGGUCACUGAGUACUCCCCCCGCACCACCACACUGAAGGGCACCCAUGUGACAUCAUCAAAUGGAGACAAUUACAUCAUCCUGUCACCUGUCAAUCCAGGAAGACAGCUCCUGCAGCCAGUUUACCACGACAGGACCGGGACGAUCGGUCGUCUCUACCAGACUCACCCCAGCAGAGGCCAGAACCUUCUCCAGGACCCUCGACCCAGGUCGUCUCAGCAACCUUUCACCAGCCACACCUCCACCCUGCCCCCGCCCCUCUCCUCCACCUCCGCCUCUUCCUUGUCUGCAACUGUGCCCAGUAACUAUGGCAACUACCAAAACUGCACCAUCGUCCAAUCACAUCUGCCGUGCUCUGCCUAUGGAACCUUUGUCACUCUGUCACCCAAAACCCUCAUCUUCCCCGUCUUCGUCCAGCCUUUGGAUCUUUGCAGCCCAGACAGAACCCUGCUGAUGUCAGAGGAAAUGGUUCUGCACCAGUCCGACCUGCUGCCUGCAAAGGUCACAGUGUUAAUCUACAAUGACCUGCUGCUGUUGACCAGAGAAGAUGAAGCUGGACGCUGCAACGUCCUACAGAGUCCACUGUUCCUGAACACACUGCAGCUCAGAGAGGUGCCGUCGGAGCCACUUCACAUCUAUUUGGUGCAGACGUCUCAGACGUUCUGUCGUCGUGUCUUCAGUCUGGAAUCUUUCAGCAUUGAGCAAAAGGUCAGAGUUCGUCUCUGUCUCCAUGACAACAUCCAUCACCAGCUGGUCGCCACAGAGACUGCACACAGCCACCAGCUCUCAGACCUCCCCUCAGACUUUGGCCUUCUCUCUCUCAGUCAGUCUGACCUCCUCUAUCUUCCCUGCUCUUCAUAUUCCUCCUCUGAUCCCCCCCCCCUCUGCCCCUCCUCUCCCUACUCCUCCCUCUGUGAUGCCCUCAGACCUCCCAGACCUCCGUCCCCCUCUCCUUACUCCCCAACCUCUCCCCCCUCCUCCUCCACUCCCCCUCCUCCCCCUUUCUCCUCCCUUUCUCCACACACCUCCUCUUCCUCCCUGACCAUUGCUGCUCUACCUCCCCUCCUCCCUCCAUCUCCUCCAUCUUCCUUCUCCACCCAGCAGAGUCCAGUCUGGAAGGAGAGAGAGAGAGCAGAGGAGGAAGAGGAGAGGAGGAGGAGGAGGAGAAAAGAGGAUGAGGAGGUGGAGGAGCGGCAGCAGGGGGAAGGAGAGAGCGCCUCAGAAACAUCAGAGAAUGUGGGAGGUGUGGGGGGGCGGGGGUUUUUACUGAGCCCCCACCACUUUAACAUGAAGGAGGAAGAAGAGAAGGAGAGUGAUGAAGAUGAAGAUGAAGAGGAGGGAGGAGGUGCUAAGGAGUUCACCUCCAGCUGCAGACCCUCAGUUCUGCGGCGCUCGCUCUCUGAGGGUUCUCUGCUGCAGGAACCUCGAUCACCCCGCUUCCUGUCUGACAGCACCAUCCACCAACUCACCCGCCCCGCAACCUUUGACCCUGACCCCGGCUCAGGCCCCACCCCCUUCCUCCCCUCUCCCCGCACUUUGAGGAAACAGCUGACCAGAGAGGGGAGGUCUUUGUACCACAUGUUGAUGCUUCUUAACAGCACCAAGGACUCAGAGUCCAGAAACCUUCAGCUGAGGAAGAAGACGAAGACUCUGUACGUAAACACACAUUUGUUUUUGUUUGUAUGUCCCAUCUCUCUGACUUGUCGUCUUCGUCUCCUCAGAACCGCUGAUGUUCGGAGUCGCCUCGCAUUUCUACGGCGACGGAAAAACAGUACCUGUUUCCAUGGUAACAGUUUGGAGAAAGCUUUAAGAAACAACAGACCACCCCCAGGAGAAGUGCUGAGGUGGGCGGAGAGUCUCGAAGCUCUGCUGGCCAAUCAGUAUGGUCUGGCAGUGUUCCGUCACUUCCUGAGGUCAGAGUUCAGCGAGGAGAACCUGGACUUCUGGUUGGCUGUGGAGAGAUUCAAGAGGACGUGCCUCCUCAGCAAGAUGACCACCAGAGCUGUGAAAAUCUAUGACGAGUUUAUAUCUGCCGACGCUGCAAGACAGGUCAACGUGGACUCGUCUGUGAGAGAAUCAACCUAUCAGAGCCUGUGUCUCGGCGUUAACCCCACCACCUUCCAGCUGGCCCAGGAUAAAAUUUUUGGUUUGAUGGAGACUGACAGUUACCCACGAUUCCUCCGAUCCCGCCUCUACUUGCAGCUAGCCAGUCAGGGCACACAGACAGCCACAGUGUUGACCAAUCAAAGCAGAGCUGGGUCUGUGCCUGUCAGCCAAUCAUGAGGGAGGAGACAGCAGAGGCAGGCUCAUGUGGAGGGGGGACUGGUUGGAGGCCUUCAGAUCCCUGAUUGGUCAGCUUCUUUCAGCUAUUCAGAGAAAAACCAACUAAUAAAAGACUAUCUAUCAAAGUGCAUUAUGGGAAACGGCAGAUCCAGUGUUUGUGGACUAAAUGUCAUCUACUCGGUGGAUUGGCACAAAAUUUGGUCCAAACAUUCACGUUCGAUGAUCUUUGAUGAUACUUCAUCAGGCGACAUGUUAGUUAAUAAGUUAAUGGUUUAUGACCAGACACCUGCAGAACUAACAACCUUCCCAUCAGCCUCAGCUGUUCACUGUGUUUACUGCUAGUGAGCUAAUGUUUGGAUGCCAACAUGCUGAACUAAGAUGAUGGACAUAAACAUACCUGCUGCUAAACAUUAACAUGUUAGCACUGUCAACUUUUAGCUCAAGUACAGCCUCACAGAGCUGCUAGCAUGACUGUCUGGUUAUGUUUUUCGUCAGACGCCAUCACCAGAACAUCCAGGUUUAAAAACAAGUUUAUUUUUAACUUAGUUGACAGUAAAACCAGCAGCCACCUGAUGCUGGGAUGUCUGAAGGUGGAUGUGUAGUAUGUGUGUAAUGUAUUAGAGACGUCAACUCAAACUGUUGCUCAACCUCCUGAGAUUUGUCACCAACUGGAUAAACAGAAGACAUGAUAAGGUCAAAUGGAAACUGUUAUGGAAUAAACAAUGUCUCU